GUUUUAUCUGGAGUAUUGAGUUUCGUAGCUAUCUUUACAGCUAUGGAGAUACCAGCUGUUGUCAAACAUACAUGGCUCACGCUACAGCAAGCCACAGUCCAGGGUCUAGAGUAGCUGAGAGAGAGACACCAAAACAUGAGCAGGUGAUAGACUCAUGAUACACCGUGGGCAUCCUCUCCCUCUCUAACAACAGAACCCAUUACUGACAACAGAACCCAUUACUGCGGCUCAACAAGGACCUAUGUCCUCAAGUCUUCAAGACACUUAAAAACAGGCGGGGAUAAAACAAGCUUCAAGAUUCAAGACCCACCUUCAACUGUCACCGUUUUGACCCACCUUUGAACGCUGGGAACGGAGGUUUCCGGCGCUAGAGGAGUGCAAACUCCAUGGACCGUGCAGCAGAAGAAUUCUGUCCGCCUUCCGUUUCGGGCCCCAAUGAUUGAAACUUUUUGGUUUCUGCCCCCCCAGAGCCAACCAAGUCCAUCCCAGAGCCUUUGCGACGAGAUUUCUUUUCUUUACCUGCAGCAUCACCACACACCAUGAAGUUGACAAACCCGGGAGCGGUUCCUGUCUACACCGUCGCAGGCCCCUCGACAGCUCGGCCGCUGCCAGACUGGCUUGCGCGCCGCAGGAAGAGAUCCUCCAAAUAUGACCCCGAAAACCUCAAUAAUUUCGAGCUGCUUCAGGAAUUCGAGUUCGAGGAGGCAAGCAACUGCGUACGGGUCAGCGAGGAUGGCAACUGGAUCAUGAGCUCGGGCACGUACAAGCCCCAGUUCCACGUUCACUCGACCGCCGAGUUGUCUCUUUCCUUUGCGCGCCACACCAAAUCCGAAAAUACGACGUUCAUGCUUCUCAGCUCCGAUUAUACGAAGAGUGUUCACCUGCAGAACGAUCGAUCACUCGAGUUCCACACACCUAUGGGCUGCCACUACGAUGUUCGCCUUCCAAGAUUCGGUAGAGAUCUGGCCUAUCUCAGACAGAGCACUGAGGUGCUGGUACCAGCUGUUGGUGUGAGCUCUGAUGGUUCGGGGUUCGGCGAGGUCUUCCGGUUAGAUCUCGAGCGUGGCCAGUUCCUGCGCCCAUGGCAGGUUGAUGUAGGAGAGGAUGAUGCGGGUGUUGGUUUGCAGGGUGGAAUCCAUGCUGGUGCGGUCAAUGUGGCGGCGGUAGCGGAAAGGACACACGGCCUCUGUGCUUUCGGUACUACAAUUGGAACCGUUGAGUUUUUCGAUCCACGCAGCAAGGGGCGCGUGGCUGUUUUGGGGAACCAAGACGGCGAGGUCACGGCACUCGAUUACAGCAACGAUGGGCUUUCGCUGGCUUUGGGAACGAGCACGGGCCAGAUCAGAGUGUUUGACCUCAGAAACCCGCGUCCAUUAAUGAAGAAGGAUCAGGGCAUGGGUCUUCCGAUCAAGAAGCUGAUUCACAUGAGGACACCCACAGAGGAGCGCAAGCUUCUCUCGGCCGACAAGAGAAUUAUCAAAAUCUGGGAUGAACACAGCGGCGAUCUCUGGACCUCGAUUGAGCCAAUGGUUGACCUCAAUGAUGUAGUCCAUGUGCCAGAUUCCGGUAUGCUCUUGACGGCUAAUGAGGGCAAGCACAUGCACAGCUUUUUUAUUCCAAAUCUCGGCCUCGCACCCAAGUGGUGCACGUUCCUCGACAACCUCGUCCACGAAAUGGAGAACGAGACCCAGACGGAGACCUACGACAACUACAAGUUCCUCACCCUGCCAGAACUCAGAGAGCUCAGCCUCGACCAUCUUAUCGGCAAAACCAACCUUCUCCGGCCAUACAUGCACGGUUACUUUGCACAUGCGAAGCUCUACGACCAAGCCCGUCUUAUUGCCAACCCGUACAUCUGGGAAGAGGAGCGUGCCAAGAGGGUCAAGGAGAAGCUCGAGAAGGAGCGCAGCAGCAGAAUCAGAGGCACCAAGAAGGUCAAGGUCAACCAGAAACUUGCCGACAAGGUGCUCCAGAGACAGGAAAACAGAGGCAAGGUGGACCCCGAAGCUGGGAUCCUGGGUGACGAACGUUUCGCGAAGCUGUUUGAGGAUGAGGAGUUCAAGGUUGAUGAGCUCAGUAGGGAGUUCAGGUCUCUUAACCCCAGCACUGUUGUUGGUGGCAAGCCUGGUCAACAACAAGAUGUUGACAUGGCGGAUGCCAACUCGACGGACUUCAGUGGUAGCGAAUCUGAGGAGGAGGAGGAAAAGCCCAAGAAGAAGAGCAAGGACGAGGUGGUUAUGCAGGUUUCUUCGUCGACUGCUCCUCGCGGUGGGAAGAUUAGGGAUCUUGCGUUUGGGGAUAGGACGCAGAAGGAUACCAGGGAGUCGAGGUUGGCUGGGAAGAAGGAGAUUGUGGGUGAGCAGGCGAUCACGUUUGUGCCGGAGUCCAAGAAAAAGAAGCAGGAGCCGCCGCCGCCGAGGCCGGAGGGGAAGAGGAGGGAUGAUGGGAGGAGGAGUGCGAGCAGUAAUGUGUUCCGGAAAAUGUAGAUGGUCAGAUACCCUGAGGUUUUAUAACUGUUGUUCAUUAUACAAGUGAUAUUGGUACAUGUCAUCUGUCUGUUGUUUGCAUCGAGUGAGAGCCUCAUGAUGCAAAAUUGUAUCGAAAUCCGUUCCUUGUCCAGCCAUAACCCUUCCCCAAAUCAUCGUCUACCCGCCUCAUAAUUCCAGCUACCCCUUCUCUCACACAUCGCCUCAUCCCUCCCUACGCCUGACCUCUACUUCCGGCUAAAGUUUGACUUUUUAUUCUUCUUCUUCCCCUCGAGCCCCUUUUCCAAAUCUUCCAGGCGUUCAGGCGUAAGUCUAGGGGUAGGCGGGACGUCAUCGAGCUUUACCCUUCCGUUCCUGCUCCCGCCGCCUUCUUUGACGCUGCGAGGGAACUCGGAGCGGCGUGGGGUGAGGGCGGUGACGACCUUUCUUGCGGAACGGCGAAUCGUUUCCUUGACGGUCCACUCGCGCUUUUUGGCGACGUAGAAGAGGACUGAGGAGGCGACUGCGGGAGAUGUUAGUGAUGAUCAGAAAAGGGGGGGUUGGGGUGAGGAAAGGGGAAACAUGCUCCCUGCUAAAGCAACCACGACGACGACAACGAUGAUGGCUACGAGGGCACCCCGGGAGAUGGUGAUGCCGCCUGAGGAGGUGCCGCUCGCACCGGCGAGGGAGCCAUCGUCUGGGGUGCCGUGGCCAGCGACGUCGUCUUCGGUUGGGGUUAGGGGGAAGGGGGAGUUGUCUGUUUGAGGGUGGGGUGCCAUAUUUGCUGUUGUGCUUUUGCUCCGCUAUUGUUCGUGUCUUCUCAAAAGAACUACCUAGGUUUCGGAAGGGAAGUGUGAAAUGCGCGACCAGCAGCGCGAGAGUUGGAUAGAUGAGGUUAUUCACAGAACUGGAUAGAUUGGAAAAGAAAAGGCAGCAGCCGGGAUUGUACAAACACCAAAAUAUGAGAAGGGGAAGAAAAGAAAAAAAGGCGGAAGCGCCGCAAGUGUGCGGCU